AGAAAUACCAAGAUGGCGGCCGUGCUGUCAGGUGUUCGUGUUCUAGAGCUCGCUGGUCUAGCCCCGGCCCCAUUCGCGGGGAUGAUUCUAGCGGACUUUGGUGCCAGUGUGAUUAGAGUAGACAAAGUAAAGACUUUAAUAUCACUGGAUAGACUCGCCAGGGGGAAGCGGUCUGUUGCUGUGGACUUGCAUAAGCCUCGAGGAAUCGAGACGAUAAAAAGGUUGUGUGCCAAGUCAGAUGUGCUAAUCGAACCAUUUAGACCAGGAGUUAUGGAAAAACUUGGAUUAGGGCCCAAGGAAUUGAUGGAUGAAAACCCAAGACUGAUCUAUGCUAGGCUGACAGGUUAUGGGCAGACAGGGCCCUUGGCAAACCGUGCAGGACAUGACAUCAACUACAUUGCCUUGACGGGGCUUCUUUCCAUGCUCGGCAGGAGGGACAGUAAUUUGACACCACCGCUUAACCUCCUGGGUGACUUUGCUGGUGGUGGUCUGAUGUGUGUGAUGGGUAUUUUGCUGGCCUUACUGGAAAGGGGAAAAUCUGGAAGAGGACAGGUUAUUGACACUGCUAUGGUGGAUGGGGCCGCCUAUGUUGGUUCAUUUGCAUACAUGUCACAAGAUCUUGGAAUAUGGCCAGGGAAGCGUGGGGAGAACUUAUUGGAUACUGGGGCUCCAUUUUAUGAUACAUAUAAAACCUCAGAUGGUAAAUAUGUUGCCAUUGGUGCCAUAGAGCCAAAGUUCUACCAACAGCUAAUAAAAGGUCUUGGUUUAAAAGAACAAGUAUCAGAGCAAAUGGACUUCACCAAAUGGGUAACACGUAAAGAGGACUUUGCUAAGAUUUUUGCCACUAAGACCCAAGCAGAGUGGUGCGAGGUUUUCAAGAACACAGAUGCAUGCUUUGCACCAGUCUUAACUCCAGAGGAAGCCCCACAGCACCCCCACAACAUAGAACGGAGAACAUUUAUCAACAAUGAAGGGACAUUUGAACCCACACCUGCUCCCAAGCUCUCUAGGACACCUGGGAAUGCGUCACCAAGGCAACUGCCAAAGAUUGGUGAACACACAGUGGAUGUUUUGAUGGAGUAUGGAUUUAGAGAAUAUGAGGUGAAAGACUUGUUAAAGGAAGAAGUCAUAGACACCGCACUGAGGCAAUCCUCACUGUAAAUUCUCUUCAUUAUAAUCAAGUUUUACACAUGUUAAACCUGCAAAAUAGCAUAAAGCAUAAUAAAUAGCAUAAAGCUAAUGGAGAUUGACUUAGUCAGUCAUUAUGAAUAUAUGAAAAGUUGGCACGUGUUGGGGUAGUAUACAUUAGCUCCAGGACAGGGAGGAGUAAUCAUGGGGUUAUAUUAUGUGCUCUAAGGAUGAGUUCAAACGUCAUAUUAUCCAUAAGCUGUAUUCAGUUCAAAAGCAUGCAAAUGAAGAUAAAACAAUCAGCUCGAUUUAUUUGCAUGCAUUUGCAUAAAAUACAGCUUAUGGAUAAUACGAGGUUUGAACUAAGCCUAAGAACAAGGGUAGUGACAUAAAACAUUUUUGUGUUGUUUAUGGGGUAACUAAACUAGAGAACUUUCACUUUCAACUAUUUCAAGAUUGAAAGAAAGGUAGUGCAUGGCAGUAUAUAUUGACAAAAACAACCAUGGUAAUUUUAUUUCAUCUUACCAUACAUAUUUGUAGUAUUUACAAUUUUCUUGUUAUACAUUCUCCUAUAUAGAGAGUGUUCCAAAAAUAUAUUUCACCUUUGUAAUGCCUUCUAAACUACAUAUGUAGUGUAUACAUAACAAUGUCACAGGCAAACAAUUAUUGGCCGUUUUGUGGUCAUGUAUGUUAUGUGAGUAUUAAGAUUUUUAUACCCUGGUAUGCAGACAGAAUUGAAUGUUGACAAUUAAUAUUCAAAAAUUGCAUAAUGGAUUGCAUAGUAAAACAAUCUCCAACAACACCAGCAAACAUCCUCUCAACUGCAUUAACAUGUGUGCAAACAACGGAACUAUGUACAGAUAAUUAGAAACACAGAACACUGGUAGUGGUUUCAAAAUUUGUGACAAGAGUACUAAAUGAUAAUUACUUUCAUUCUCUCUCUUUGGUUAUGUAUCUCUUAGACAUAAUUCCUUAAAAUGGUGUUAUGUAAACCCCUAUGCCAUUGAAAUUAAGGCUUUUCUUCAAGACUUUUUGAAGUAAGAAAUAGGAAUUGACAGCUUAAAGUGCUAACUAGAUAAUGAUUGAGACUGAAUUGAAUUAAGUAUAAGCCCUACAUACAGUUAAGUAUAAAUUUUCAAACUUCCAAAGUGAAAAUACAGUAAGAAACUGACAGUAUUAAGUUUGAUUUCUGAACACAACUCCUCAAACAUUUUUUUCGCCAGUAUAACGUUUUACUUCCUAUGUAUUUCUAUUUCAUAAGAUAGACUUAAAAUGUUGCUGGGUAAGGUAAUCUGAAUUAUAUCGUAGGUACUGAAGUAGUAAAAAAUAAUCAAAAUACCAUAUACAGUACUAAGGAUAAGACAUUAAAGCUGUAUUGUCACCAGUUUACUUCCGGAGGUCCGACGGAUACCUCAACCGUUAAAAGACAAAACAAUCUAUUAGAAUCCGAGAUAUUUAACAGGCCAUCCGCUCUAAAUUAUCGAUCACAUCCUUGAAGAAACUUCCAAUAGACACACUGCUUUCAAUAUUUUGAAAUAUUUUUUUGCGUUUUCCGUAAAAAAUCAUUGUAGAUUUUUACGUAAUCGACCGGAAGUAAACUGGCCACAAUGCGGCUUUAAGGCAAUCAUUAGAAGUAUAAAGCCAUUUUGAGGGUAUAAUAACUUAUACAGUGCCCAUCAAUCCAUCAAUGGAUACCUAGCGCUGGCAGGCACAGUGUCUAAAUAAAAUUGCAAGUCAGUUUACUAUCAUGUAAAAUCUUAACAUGCAUAUUGAAUCUUUUAAAUACCAUUUACCAUUCUUUAUCAAAAAAUCAAUGAGAGCAAGGAAAAAAGUUACUGCAGCUACCAACAUUGAAAUCUCUUCAUCACUAUAGCCAACAUCUUUGCUACUACUUUAGUCUCAAAAUCUUUAUAUUUCCAAACAUUAAUACUGUAGCUAUAAAUAUCAGGGCCUUUGUAUUUAUAGAGUAAAUAUAAUGUCAAAAUGCUAAUGCAUAAACAGAAAAUAGCUAUGUAUUUACAAUAUUCACCAUCACAAUAUUCGCCAGUAAGCCAAGCAAGGUGCAACAGCUGCUAAGGCUUCCAGCGGUGGGACCCAGCCCAUAAUUUAUAAUAAUAAUAAGUGCACACAAAGCUAUUUUUGUGGUCUAUUCUCAAACUAUAACACCUUCCUCAAUUUGGCAGCAGAGAGCAUUCUUCAUGUAAGGUGUAUUAAUGGCAUUUUUUACAAUGUCACACAACCCAUUGUGGGUUAACAUCAAAACAGAAUUUUAUGAAGUGUUCUAAGGGACCUUAACUGUAUAAGGAGUUAAGCAAAAUAAAGGUUGAUAAAACGC